CUUCGACAAGAACUACAAGGCGACCAUCGGGGUGGAUUUCGAGAUGGAGCGGUUCGAGGUGCUGGGGGUGCCCUUCAGCCUGCAGCUGUGGGACACAGCCGGGCAGGAGCGCUUCAAGUGCAUCGCAUCCACCUACUACCGGGGAGCACAAGCCAUCGUGAUUGUCUUUGAUGUCAAUGAUGUGGCAUCCCUGGAGCACACGCGGCAGUGGCUGGCUGAUGCCUUGAAGGAGAAUGAUCCAUCCAACAUGAUCCUCUUCUUGGUGGGCUCCAAGAAGGACCUGAGCACACCGGCGCAGUACAACCUGAUGGAGAAGGAUGCUCUCAAGGUGGCCCAGGAGAUGCAGGCAGGGUACUGGGCUGUCCCCUCCCUCACCGGGGAGAACGUGCGGGAUUUCUUCUUCCGUGUGGCUGCGCUGACGUUCGAGAGCAGCGUGUUGGCUGAGC